CGUAUCGACGCUCCAUAUUUAGGUGUCCUGGCUGCAGAGAUGUCUAUGUUGUGUUUCCAUAAUGAUCCUUCAAUCAAACAUCAAGCAUCCAUAGGAAUGACUUAUGUCCUCUAUAUCGCAAAGUGGCAGAAUUCCAAUAUUAUAAAACACAAACCUACCAAGCAGAAUGAGCAAGAAAACGACACCGAAACUACAUCUCCCGACUUUGAAUUACUAACCAAGAUCACACAAGGGGACAAAACGAAAAUUGCCCGGAGUAUAGGGGAGCUGUUGCAGCCUCUCUGGCUGAGUAAUUUUGUAUGGACACUCCUGAAGAAAUUGUGUGCACAGAAUUAUGAUAUGGCAUAUGAGGCCGCGUCCUUGCUGAUUUCAACUUUGGAAUUUCAUGCCGGGAAGAUCGUCAUGGUGACUAAAAUUGUGGAUCAUAUUUAUAAGCAUCUAUCUAAAAGCUCUUCCCACAUCGUGAAGAGUACCCUGUUACGGGUUAUCACCUUAUUGGCCCGAGCUUCACCCAGGACGGUUAUUCAUCUGCUCUUGGAGUUCCCAUUUCCAGCAGACGACACUCUGUUACUGAUGUGGCAAACAGUGGCCUCUGAGUCAAGUGUCGCACCUCAAGUGCUGAAGACAAUCUUGCUGAUAGUAAGAGAAAAGCCUGGGUUGAUGGAGGAAGCCCUGGCAGACAGAACAUGCUUCUCCCCUGAUGCCUUCAACAUGAUGCCUGUGAUGGCAUUGCAGGCCCUGUGCACAUUUCUCCCUAUGAGUUCUUAUAGGGAAGUGUUGCCCCAGUGCUUCCCUGAGCUGCUCAUGGCCCUCAUGUUUCAACUCUUCUACUGCAGUCAGCUCAAAUGCGACACACAGGAGAAGCCUCUCCAUAGCUAUGUCCGAGAUGCUUUGAAAAUUCUGUUUAUUUCUUCUGGACUACAAGAAGUGGAUGCUUCUCUGGAGAAAAAGAAUUUCUGGCUCCAUAUUUCUCAAGAAAUGGAUUACCAGUUUGGAAUUCAGCUCAUUGCUAAAACUCUUAAUGAAUUCAACUUUCCACAGUUUCGAGAGACCUUACGUUAUGUCUACAACAUUGCACUGGGAGGUCCUAGAUGGCCAGGAGACAGCAUUGUAACAGUAAUAUUCUUCAGUGAACUUCUGAACAACUUCAAGAAGCCAUUACCAGAAGAAGCUUUGGACCUCUUUAGAAAAUGGAUGAAUGACUCUAAUCCUUCAGUUGCAAAACUGAGCCUUCAGAAAAUUGCCAGCAUGGUACCAGUUUUCAAUGAAAUGGAAAACUGCAGCUUAUUGUUGCCUGUCCUUCGUGCUUUCUCUUCCAAAGAGCAUACUGUUAUAAUUCAGGCCAUGCUCACCCUCCGAAAUAUUUUGAGCAAACUGGACAAGCCUGUCUACUCUAGAGUGUGUACCAGAAUUGCCUCCUGCUACGGUCCUCUGAUGCGUCAUGUGAGUGACACAGCUAGAUGUGCAUGUCUGGCCAUUCAACACUUUGGUGAAUUACUAUUAGAUAUGCAUCAAUACAAACGGAUGCUAAAUCCUUUAGUCCUAGGCAACCUUGUGCCUCUGAUCCUGUUUUUGGAGUCUGAGGAAAAAACAAUAGCGACUGCGUGUAGAUGUACAGUAGGCAUCUGUAUCUCACAACUAAAGUGUUCAACAUCAUAUCUGCUUCAAAAUUACAAUUUUGAACUUCUGGUUCUCGACAUCUGUAACAAUCUUCUUUCUUCUUAUAAGAGUUACAUUAAAGAAUUAAUAUCGGAUACCUCAGGGUUUCUGGGGAGCUCUCAGAUCUUUCUGAAGAAAGGAGCAAUUAUAUUAAUAGGGUAUUUGGGAAAAGGCGCAGCACAUUUACUACUCAGAGAAGAAAUUGAUGUCAUGCUUGAGGCUAUUGAAUGAGUGGUCUGGGAUGAAGACCCUGUGAUCAAGAUGUUAGCUGAAAAGACCCAUACACUUUUUAAGGAAAUAGCUGAUAGAAUGACCUCCUCCACUGUUCAACAAACCUUCCGAAAAUGGUUUAAAAUGUUCCACACCACAAAAUUGAAGCCCAUUUAUAACUUGUUCGAGGAUCCAACCAGAAAUGAUAUGGGAAUUGAAAACCAGAAGACUGAUAGAGAAGACCUUAGAACAGAGUGAUGAAGACUCUGGAGUAAUACAAGAGAUUGGAGCAGAUCUUAAAAAAUAAAUGAUCCUUCUUUCCCUUAUGAUGGCCUGAAUCUAUUUAUAGAUGCUUUUCUGAAGAAUACUAAAAGUUAUCACUAUUUCUUAUAAUUCUCUAUUAAAAUACAUAAAUCUGAAAAUUCUCUCUGUAUCUGACAGUAGCCAGAAGCCCUAUUUCAUGAAACCCUGACUGAUGAAACUAAGGUGCGUUUUCAUGCUUUCUUGAUUCAAAUUAGGGAGAUAAUGCUCCUGUGUUUGUGUUUGUCUUUACAUCAUAUGAAAAUAUCUCUCAUUUCACUUACUGGAUUAUAUGAAAAUUAUUUCCUUCUGUCUCACAAAACUAAAGGUUCUCAAAAGUCAUCAUUUCUCACAAUUGAUGUGUAGUCUAGGAAUCACAGUGCCUGACGCCUGAUGUACACCCAAUAAAUAUUGGCCAAAUGA